GGCAGAUAAUAUUUCCGAUUAUUUGAGCGUGUUUGAGGACAACUCGGCGUCGCAAAAAUGAACGUAAAGACCUCGUCGCUGAUGACUCCCGACCCAUAUCACAUACCGGGGUAAGUCUUUAUGUCUUCUCGUGUUGGCGUGCUUUCUAUCAUAGAAAUUAACUAUAAUGAUCACAAUUUAUCUUGUUGCCUGGUUAGGCGCUUAAUCUGUAAACAAAGCGCAUCGCUAGACAACCUACAUUGAGUUCAACCCCAAGACGCUUAGAGAAUUGUGCUAAAAUCAUGCUAUCAUGCGAUAGACUAUGGUUUAGAAUAGUAUUUCACUAUUUCAUUUUUAGCUUUUUAAUAUACCACUACGAGAAUAAACUACAUUCAGGAUUAAUGCUGCUUAUAUAAAACCACGAGUAAACAUGAGUUCUGGUUUCAGAUAAAAAUUGCUAUGCAGUCGUCCAGAUCAUGAUCUAAGGCUUCGUUCAUUCGGGACUAAACGAUUUCAGAACUGCGCAAAUGCGCCUGGUUUCAUACGCGCCUCUACGGGGUUCACGACAUCUUGGCCAAGUGGGGCAAUACCAUGACCCUAGGGACAAGUACGAGACAAUACUUUUACCAAUGUGUUUGCUAACGCUAGAUGAUUUUACUGAGUCCAAUCCCAGACUAUUUUAGUCUGUCUUACGCCAGAUGAUUUCAUUCCGUCUAAGACGACAACGUAGAUGAUGAUCCAUGAAUGGGCACAAGCUUUCGUGUCCCGUUCAAGAGAAUCUGAUACGUUUGAAGCUAUACAGAAAACGAGAUCGUAAGACACUUUUCUUCAGGUGGGUGGUCUGUCCUCCCUAGGUGUCCAGUAAGGAUUAUCUCUUGUUGAUCCAAUGUUACUGUACUACAGGAGGAAACUGGAGUUUCUGGAGAAAAAGUGCGGUGUUUGCCGUUUAGUCGAGUCAAACUGCGAGUUGAAGCUGGAAGCACGGAGCACCGCUGUUUCCGGGGUGGUUGUAACGAAGCCAGACAGCGCUAUCCGCCAGAUAAUGACUUUUUUAAGCCUUUUUUUUCAUUGUCCGUUGAUUGGUAUAACCCAGAUUAAACUCGAGUAUUUAUAAAUUGAAGGUUUUUUAUGAAUUGCAAGGUCUUUAUCCGUGGUUUCACAGCUUUUCAUGCAUUCCUGGAAUGGUUAUCGUUAUCCGGCGCAAUCGGCUAUCUGGCCUCGUACAUGCAGCCGGCCCCUCGAUCAGACAACUUGCAGAAAUGCAACUUCAGUCACGUGAAAGACACGUGUACGACAGUGCCACAUACACACGUAAAAAUCUCGCAUCUUGUAGCAAGUCUGGCAACAAACCGUUGUGUUCGCACUGCUUGUCCCAAGUUGUCAACAAGUUUGGAACAAGCUUUUAACAACUUGUAACAACCUUGUUGAUAUUAUCAGAUUUUUUGCAAGAUUGUUCUAACAAGUCCGAUACAGUCAUGAUAUAACAAUAUUGUUACAACCUUGUGUCGUCAACCUUGUAACAUUCUUGUUAUAUCAGCCUUGUAACAAGUCUGAUAGUGCCAUCAAGCUUGUUACAAGUUGUUAACAGCUUGUUCCAAACUUGUUACAACAACUGGGAACACGCAGUGCGAAGACAACUUGUUGACAGCUUGUGAACAGAUUUGUAACAACUUGUUUGCAGACCUAUAACGACUUGCGCGUUUUUACGUGUGUACAAACGCGCAAGUUGUAACAAACCUGCAGCAGACUAAGCUAGCUUGUAGCAACGCUGUUCCAACAACUUGUCAACAGGAUGUGUUCGCACUGCUUGUUCCCAGCUUGUUGAUAACUUGCUACAAGGUUGUUGGGCUCAACAGACUUGCAAUUCAGCAAUUUGUCAACAAGUUGUGAGUGACAACCUUGUAGCAACUGGAUAAAAUAACAACAUUGUUACAACUUGUUGACAAGCUUGUUAUAAGCCUGUUGCGAACACAUCUUGUUGACAAGUUGUGAGAUUUUUACGUGUGUACGAGAACGUAGACUGCGAGCAAUCCCUCUAUUUUCCUUCGUUUUAUUGUUUCCCGGACUAAGACUGAACGCGCGGGAGUCCGGGAAACAAUAAAACGAAGGGAAAUAGAGGGAUUGCUCGCAGUCUAACGAGAACGUAAAACAAUGCAUCUCUUUCUAAACAUUUCUUCUCAACCUUGUGUUUCAGAUACAUAGGCUACUGUCCGCAAUUCAAAUACCAAAUUGGCGAGACGUUUGGCAGGACGACCUCCCAGCUUCUCACGGACUCCCGAAUCGCCAGUUCGGGACGACCAGUGUUGUCACCGCUCAACCCAAACCCACCAGCCCCGGAUCAGAGACGACAGUUGAUAUCAAGACGAGCUUUAAAACUUGGAGAUCAGAAACUGUUUGAGAAAAUGGUCCCUGGUUAUACAGGUACGAAAUUAGUGAGUGUAGUCUGUACAAGUUUGUGUUUUUAAGUAUUGCCUCCCGAUGUUGAUUCUGUGACCGCUGGCGAGCAUCGCAGACGUCUUAGGACAAAUGAAAACCGCCUAUCGUAAUUCAUCCGCCACUGUCACAGACAAGUCUUCCCGGAGGUCAAACAACUGAAACAAGGGCUAUCUCUUAUUGAUCGAUCUAGGGUUACUACAGGAGGAAACCUUUACUAAACUAACUAUAUUUGUAGAGGUCAAGGAGGGCCAUUUCUUACUGAUUUGGUGUUACUACAAGUGGAAACCUAAACUAAACUAAUACAGGAAGAAACUUAAACUAAACUAACUGUAUUUGUAGAGGUCAAGCAAUGUCCAUUUCCUAUUGAUCUAGUGUUACUGGAAACCGGCUUGGUAGAGUCAAAUCACGGUGCUAUAUCAACACUCUAACAAACAAAAUCCAUUUUUAGGCUUCAUCCCUAAAAGUGAACAUCACUUCGGCAAACGGUAUGCGGAGACAAGUCUCAGUGCAGUGGCAAACUUCGAAACAGACCAGGAGUUCAAUAGACGUCGCUUACAGGACCUCCAGACCGUGCAAGCCCUGCAAUCAGGCCAGGUGGUCCCAAGUGAGCAACUGAAUGAAAGAACGAUCAAAUUAACACAACACGAAACGCCUCUUAAGAAGACAAGAGAGCACCCGGCUGUGUAUUAUUCUAGGAAGUCUCCUCAACAUUCCCUCUCGCCACUCACAAUGGGAAAUGAAAACUCUAAGAAAUAUUUCAUGUCUGGGUAUACUGGCUUUGUCCCUCGGGCCAGAGGUAAGUGGUGAAGGAUUUAUUGAGGCUUAAAAUCAACGGCGGCUUCCAGUGUAGGUAUAGCGAAGAUUAAAAACUGCGAACGUUUUGUGUAUGCAACGUUUCCAGUCUCUACUGAAGAUGAAAUUUAAGGACUUCCAGGACUUUCAAGGAUGUUUUUCAGCAUGAUCCUUGCAAAUGGCAUGAAUUUUGCUUUUUGAGACACGACUAUGUAUUCAAAACCAAUAAUCUCUAUUAAGUAACGUUCGAUCGAGUGUUAUCAGCACAGCUGGAAAUUCAAGGAACUGCACUAAUUUUCAACGACUUUUCAGGCCUGGAUUUAUUUUUUUCAAAUUCAAAGACUUUCCAGGAUUUUCAAGGCCCGCGUGGACACCCUGUGUAUGAUACAACGUCUUGAAAAAUACGUUUCGAGCGAAGGCCCUUCGUCUGCUACAAACUUUGGUUAUCAACCUCCAGUUCCAGACAAAGGGUCUUCACUCAAUACGGCGAACCUUUUUUGUAUUUUUUAGGUAGUUGUAUCCAGGCAUCUUUAAAGCGCGCGAGCACCUUUUGAAGUUGUGCAGGCACACUAUCAAAGUUUCUGUGAUUACAGUCGAAAUUUUGCAUGGGUAAAUUCUAAGUUUUGAAGGAUUUGUAAGAAGUGUUCGUGCUAAUGACUUAAUGUUAAACACUGAGUCAGUUCCCUCAAACAUUUCUUACAAAUCCUUCAAAACAUAGAAUUUACCGAUUCAAAAUUCCUACUGUGAUCACAGAAACUUUGACGGUGUAAACCUGUCUUAAUUAACAAUAUUCAGGCUUCCAAAUGAUGCAGUUUUUGCAGGCACAUUACGAUGUUAUGAAUUUUGCUUGCAGCAUCAUUGAGGCCUAACCAAGAAGGUGUACAGAAGGGUAACAAGAAUGGUUGGACUUAAUGAUUUUGGUAAUAAUUACAAAUUUUUUCUGCGUGUUUAUCCAGGGCUCAUCGGUAGUGGGUAUCCAAAGAUCAGUAACAAAGGUUUAUGUGACUUCACGGAUGAAUGCGAAAGAUUGAAAGAAGUUAAAUCCAAACCUGUCAAGGUACAUCGUCAGAUUGUGAGGAAGUUUGAGAGUAAGCCGUUGUAUCUCAAAGACAAUGGCAUGGUGCCACAUUAUACUGGACAUGUACCAGGUAAGAUGCGUUUAGGCUAAGUGGUUUAUUCUGCAUAGCUCGACGAGCACCGAUGUAGUUCUAAACUGUUCUUCUUGGAAGUUCAUAUUAGAUACCACUCCUUAUUGUUCCAGUGUUACUACUGGAGGGAACAAGUAAACUGCCUAAACUCUUCCCCCCAGAGUCCUCCAGGAUCAAGUCCAAACUAUAACCUAACUUUAUUUAUACUGGAUAUAGAUCUAGCAGUCCUAGACUUUUCUUCCUAGGUGUCAAGUAAUUAUUGAUCCAGUGUUACCACAGGAAAAACCUAAACUAAACUAACUUUAGUUAUCCUGGAUAGCUCUAUCAGUUCUAAACUGUUCUUUCUAGAGGUCCAGUAAGGAUCAUCUCUUAUUGAUCCAGUGUUACUACAGGAGGAAACCUAAACUAACUUUAUUUAUUCUGGACAGCUCUAUCAGUUCUAAACUAUUCUUCAUAGAGAUCCAGUAAGAAUCAUCUCUUAUUGAUUCAGUGUCACUACAGGAGGAAACCUAAACUAAACUAACUUUAUUUAUACUGGAUAGCUCUAUCAGUUCUAAACUGUUCUUCCUAGAGGUCCAGUAAGGAUCAUCUCUUAUUGAUCCAUUGUAACUACAGGAGGAAACCUAAACUAAACUAACUUUAUUUAUACUGGAUAGCUCUAUCAGUUCUAAACUGUUCUUCCUAGAGGUCCAGUAAGGAUCAUCUCUUAUUGAUCCAUUGUAACUACAGGAGGAAACCUAAACUAAACUAACUUUAUUUAUACUGGAUAGCUCUAUCAGUUCUAAACUGUUCUUCCUAGAGGUCCAGUAAGGAUCAUCUCUUAUUGAUCCAUUGUUACUACAGGAGGAAACCUAAACUAAACUAACUUUAUUUAUACUGGAUAGCUCUAUCAGUUCUAAACUGUUCUUCCUAGAGGUCCAGUGAGGAUCAUCUCUUAUUGAUCCAGUGUUACUACAGGAGGUAACCUAAACUAAACUAACUUUAUUUAUACUGGAUAGCUCUAUCAGUUCUAAACUGUUCUUCCUAGAGGUCCAGUAAGAAUCAUCUCUUAUUGAUUCAGUGUCACUACAGGAGGAAACCUAAACUAAACUAACUUUAUUUAUACUGGAUAGCUCUAUCAGUUCUAAACUGUUCUUCCUAGAGGUCCAGUAAGGAUCAUCUCUUAUUGAUCCAGUGUUACCACAGAAGGAAACGGGAGUACCUGGAGAAACCUGUGGUGUUUGGUAGAAUCAAACUGGACGUAAUCUUCUUGCAUGCAACUGAGAUGAAAUUAGAACUAGACGAUUGAGUAUUUCAGAAAUCGAACCCAGUUCACACUUACAGAGGUGCCAUGCACUGUGUCAUCAACACGUGCAUAACUGCAACUGACAUUCACAUAAUUUUCUUACAGGUGAAAAGUUUAGAUAUGGUCGAACAUUUGGUUUUAGUACGAAGAAUGCCCGACAACCAAUUGAGACAUUUUAAAAAGAAAGCAAAAGUUUGGAAGAUAUGUAUAAAGUAAAGUCAGUAUUAUUUCAAGAUUCAUAUUAUGCGCAUUAUAUCACAUAUAUAAUUACAAUUUAGAACUCACUAAAUUUUUUUCAAAGUUAAUAAACUUUAACUACACGUUAUAAGUCUGCAGUUCGUAAAUAUGUUUUCUCAAGCUAGGAACUAAGCCGAAACCCAACCUCGUUCCCAGGAUCUAAGAAAGAGACCGAGGUUGGCCGAAACCGACCGUUAUCUUGGGGCGAGGGAAUUCAUUCCGCGCGGCCACUCACGUCCAUAUAAUGAAACUUGUUUACUAGACAGUGCAAACCAUUGUUCACUGAAAAUGAGGCCAUUGUGCAUUGCUUACAGGGAAAAUGUCUGUAUUUCGUUUUGCAACGUUUUCAAACUUUGAAAAUAACAGAUACUGUAACUAGAUAUUAGAAAUAACAUAAAUUAAAUUUAGUUUGAAUAAUAUUUCUCACCCAUAUAUAUUGCAGUUAUUGUUGCGGUAAGGUGCCUACCACAGAAAAUAGGAACAUUUUUACUUCACCAUGUAGAAGUUUUUUACUAAAACAUUUUAAACUGCAACAUAAUAUAUUCUACUGCUCACCACGCAAUGUUAUCCAAAAUAAUUGAAUCUUUAGUUUAUAAUAAUUGAACCUUUAGUUUGUUUAUACAACUUUUCCAAUCAUACGGACAAUUUCAAGCUAUAUAUUACACGGAAUAUUUCAAUCAUCUUGCUCCAACAAUGAGAAUGCAUUGCACACAUGAACGUCUUCCUCGCUACCAGUCUGCUCGUGUUCAGAUGAAUUACUCUCAGCUUCUCUGGUGGCCUCCUCCAAUCUCCACUGUUUUAAGUCACUAAAUUGCUGUUGUAGUUUUGCGAUGUCCUUCGUCUCCGAAUGUGCUUUCCAAGUUUCU